AUGCUGCAGAUGUCGGAGUGCUUCCUCGCUGUGCCAACAGCGGAAGUGGAAAAUAUACUUGUGUGCGGUUACCGUCCGAUCCGGAGACGAGGCGUGCGCGUUUCAUUAUCUGCAGCUGAGGCGAUCCUGGCUUUCCGGCGCAGACACAGCAGUUCCGCAGCAUGCUUGAGGUUCGUUCCAGCUCCAAGAGCACGCUGGACCGUUUCACGUGGAGGCCACGUGCUUGAUUGUGACCAUAUUCCGGCACAACAGCUCACACGGGUGGAAGCCAGCGCAAUCGAAUAUCAGACGAAUUGUUUGCACACAUCGUUGUACCUAGCUGUUUGCGCAAGUGACCUCCAGUCGAUUCUACGCAAUGGCUACUUACCUAGGCAUCGAACGAGCGUUCCAGUCUCUGUCUCUGCAGAGCGAGCCAGAGAAGCAUAUGCACGAAAGCAUCGCGGGCGCCUGGAGGCUGUCGUUGUGGUGAAUGUUGAGGCUGCCAGUGCCGCGGGCUGCAGAGUCGUCUCUCACGACAACGGCAUUGACAUUCUUCUUCCGACGCCACGGUGGUCACCACGGCAGACCCUCCCGGCGGGCUGCUUGUCAAGAACAGUCGUUGACGCAGCAGGCGCGUUUGAUGCACCACCAGUCGCCCAAACCUUAGCAGGUCUUGGAGUUCAAGGUGCUGGCACAUCCAGGACAGGUUCGGGUCCAGAUGCAGGGGCUGGUCUUGGCGUUGUUGCGUCGACGCAAGCGGCGCCAGCCAGACCCACUGGCGCACCUGCUGAGGCUAUCUCGAUCAGGAGUGGCAGUCGGCAGUUGGCUACGAGCGCCUUUGCACCAACUGAGACCACCAGCAGCCAACGUUGUCCACAACCACCCGAUGCUGGCAUCCAUAACCCUGCUCGUUCGUCUCUGGGGAUUGGUGGGACAGCUGCCGUUACUGAAACGACGGAUGUCAGCGCAGUCUACGCUGCACCUCCAGCACCCAACGUAACUACACACUCUGCUGCAGCACAUCCAUCUGGAGUUGUUGUGCGCCGUCCAGCAAGCGGCCAGACUCCGGCAGGCGUCAGUGCUAGUGAUCCUUGGGCCGCGGCGGGUUCAGAUCCGUGGGCUGUUGCAGCGGCUGUUCAACCACCUUUGGCGGGCGUCGCUUCUGAGCCAGUGAGUGCAUGGGUGGGCUAUUCAAAGGCGUCCAGAGUGAACAACACAGGCUCCAGUGCACGACUUGUGGAAACAUCAGCCAGUGCGAAAGAACGAAAUCUCACGAGUUGCCAGCCUCAGACAUCCACUACUGCUACGGAUCCUUGGGCCGCACCAGCGUCAGACACAUGGACUGUUGCGACGGCUGCUCCAGCUCCUUCGACUGGCCUUGAUCCUUGGCCAAGGGAUACCACUUCGGUUGGUAACUCGAAGGGCCUUGCAUCUGCAGCAGCCAGCCAAUGCAAAGAUGCGCAAGUUGUGGAAAGCCCCCCUAGCCUUCCAGAACCUAUUCUCGCGGACUGCGCCAGUUCAGCUCGCAAUGUUAGCGAUCCUUGGGCUUCGGCGGGUUCAGAUCCGUGGGCUGCUGCAGCUGCUGAUCAACCAAGUUCAUCGAGCAUCGCUCCAAAGCCAGCGAACGUCUGGGCUCGCGACCCCGUGGACAAAGCAAACGGUGGCAGCGACUCACUGCUUGCUGCGGGAACUUCGACCAGCGAUGUGGAGCCAUCACCUGGGAGCUGUCCAGCGCAGGCAAGCUCUGGUGGCAGUGAUCCUUUGGCCGUGGCAGCUUCAGAACCGCGGGUCAGAGUGGAUUCAACUCCUUUGACGGGCGCUGCUGUUGAGCCAGUUGCCGCUUGGGCUGCCUAUGCAGACCCAUGGAAGAGGUACGCCCCACGUCCAGAUCAGACUUUCACUUCAGGCCGCCAGAACAAAGUCGUACGAUGUUUCGCCGCUUUUGCGUGUCGAGAUUGCCCGGGCGCCACAGGCCACCACUUCGAGGUAUUGCCGCACGUCGAAAGGAAUUGUAGAGGUGAUCCAAGGAUUGGGACAUACCAUUUUGUUGACGAGAUGCAUGGCAAGCCAGUCUACAAGCGCUACGGAAGUAGGAUGUAUGUAUACCUGGUCUCAGGGUCCGACCUGACUAUCGGCGGUAGGAUGUACGACAAGCAGGAUUACACGCAUGCAGGCUCGCCUGUGUUCAAGGCGCGCGGCGAGGAUCUGUAUUUGUUUUACGAAUGCUAUGAUUGGGAUGCUGCGGAGCGUCUCUCACGUAGAGGCCGGUGGCUCCUGACAAGGCAUAUUGCGACUGUUCCAGACGAUAUUCCGUUAGCAAACACGCCGUUCCUUGCAUAUGCCGACUCGCAAUCUUGGGCUUGGCCAUCCGAAGGCAUGAUGUUGCAUGGCAUCCGCGCUGCGGAUUGGAGCAGCGGAAUCAGUUUCUCAAAAUUCCAUUGGGCCUUCGGAGGUGAUCCAGCCGGCGAUCAGCACCUGGAGCAAGUGCAGGGUCCGGAAACAGGUGAUGUACCAGUUGACGGAUGGGAUGAUGUAUGGAUUCGCUUCCUCCCACGGCAGCGUUAUUUCGAGUCUUCCAUCGUCAUGGCAAGGAGAGUAGAUGGAUCGGUUGAGCACGAGACGCCUGAUGUUUCACCAGUCCAGUUCGAUUUCAUGAGGGAGGGGAGCCACAUGUAUAUAAAGUUGCGUGCCGCUGUUGGUGCCGAUCAGUGCUCUUGGACUCGCGCAGUCGUGAUAACUGGUGGCCGUUCUGCAAGAACGGUGCGAGUUCAAGUAAAGAAGUCUCGCUUCUCUGCUGUGUACGAGGAUUUGAUGCUGGACUCACCUCGCGUUGAAGGGUUCAAGCACCCAGACGAGUGCACGACUUCGCACAUGAGGGAGCUGCAGCAACAGGAGGUGUUACGCUUGCACUCGUGCUUGGCCGCUGAUGGGCGCCUGCUUCUGCUGCCUUCAGGGCUGCCUCCUAAGAGGGCUGGGUUGCACCUGGGGGAGACAAAGUAUGUUCGGCGGGACUUUGUGCUCCGUGGCCAGGUGCCGAUGAACCAACCAGCAAACUUUUGGAGAGAAUUUCGAGACCAUCUAAAUCAAGACGCGGUGCCCACCCAGACAAACCCUCCGCCAUGGACUACCAGAUGCAAAUUCGAAGCGGUAAAUUCAGGACUAGAGACGACUUUUACAUUCAGAGGGGUUGAGAUUGGCGUGCGGUUAGAACCACAUCCGUUUGCUCUGGAAGAGCCGGUGUUCCAGCUCGGCCAGAGGGCGCGAAACACCCGAGGAUCUAAGCAUAGCAUGUUCGAUGCGGCCUUUAAGUUGUUGAACGAUCGCCGCAUGCACGAUGAAUCACCGCAGAAUUUGGCAGAAGCGCUUUUGCUUUUCAACAGUGCCAACGAGUGCGGAAAUGACGGAGAUCCCACCGCAGAGUUGGCGGCAAGCGCAGCAGCAAGCGCCUCACUUCUGGAUUCAAUGCAAGACCGCUUGUCGUCAGUGAAUCGAAGGGCCGAGCAAAGAAACGGGAUUGCAAACUUGCUCAUGGAUCAGUACGGAGUGCACAGCGAGCCCAUAGUGCGCGACCCGAUGGGAUGGGUUCGAUUCCCGAUAGAAAGGCAGGAUGACUGGCCAGGAGAUCGUUGUUACCAUGGAACCUCUGCGCACAACAUGGUACCAGUUCUUCUUGCAGGUCUGAGACUACCCAGAGGUCGCGAUGAUAUAGCUCAUGGCGCUAGUGGAUCGAGCGGCGUUCCCACAAUAUAUUGCAGCCCCUCGUGGCAUUACGCCGCACACCCAGUGUAUUCUCCACUGCACCGGGGGCCGAAGUGGCCUCAUGUCCCCGAGGCUUUUCAGAUGGUCUUUGAAUGCGCUGUGCAGCCUGGUACAUACAAGAAACAGGCUGGCACACUGGGAAACAAACACUGGGACCGCGAUAUCAGGAUUGACCCUGACCGCCCUACGCUUCGGGACUUGGAGUAUUUGGUAACCGAUCCAGUUAAUAUUCGGUUGACGGGUGUCCUGUUCCGGAUGUUUGGUCGUGAUAUUGACGAGGAUUUGUAUGACAGUCUUCCUAAGUCGUUGAAUGUACCGUUGACAGAUUCCGCAUGGAGAGGUGACGGACCCAGGGACGGUGUAGAGUACAAGUGGACAGGGCUACUUCAGAAGGAUUACAAGGCAAGAGGACUUUUCCUUUCUUAG